UUCAUGGUAUCAAAUAUCCAGUCAGAACAAUCAUUCUCUAUUGACAUUGAUAUGCAGUAUAAUCUGGAAUCAAAUAAUGGAACCAAUGGGAAGACUAUUGUAGUUGCUAGUGACUUGAGAAUGCUUUACCCAACCUGUCCAAACAUAUCUACUGAUGAUUUCAUUCCACCAUACUAUGGUAUAACACUUGAUUUUUGGAGAUUAACUAAAUGUGAGAACAAGGUCAACAGUACUAGCAAUAAUGACACAAAUACAGUAAACGGCACUGAUGCCAUUAAUGGCACUGAUUCAAUAAAUGGUACAGAUUCCAUAAAUGGCACAGAUUCCAUAAAUGGUACAGAUUCCAUAAAUGGCACAGACUCAAUAAAUGGCACAGACUCCAUCAAUGGUACAGACUCAAUAAAUGGCACAGAUUCAAUAAACUGCACUGAUUCAACAAAUGGCACAGAUUCCAUAAACUGCACUUUUUCAAUCAAUGGUACAGAUUCUAUAAAUGGUACUGAUUCCAUAAAUGGCACAGAUUCCAUAAAUGGCACAGAUUCUACCAAUGGUACAGAUGUUAUUAAUGGGACUGAUUCUUACAAUAGCACAGAUUUUAACAAUGGAACUGAUACCUUUGAUAAUCAGCAAGAAAUUGUAUGUGAUGAUCUACCUGAUAUUCUGGAAGACAUUUGUCAGUAUAAUGAAGACUGUAGUGAGAUAUCUUGUUGUACUGACUUAUUACUACAACAAGGCACAAAUGGGGUAAAAAAUGCAUUAAUUCAUGUUCAGAUAUCCUGCGAUGGCAAAAUGCAGUAUGGCAUUGAAAACAAAAUUUGGACAAAGACAUUGUCAAACUUCCCUGUGGUAAUAUCCCGUGGUAUAGCUAAUUGCAUUUUCCUAGAUCUUACCAUAGAGGAAGGACUUUCACACUACUCAGUGACAUUUAAUGUUACUGUAUGUACGCUGUCAGGCUGUGACCUGAACUUUUCUAUGGAAAAUGUGAAACUCGCAAAGAUCAAAUGUGCAAAAAGACGGAAAAGAAAUAUACUGGAUUUAUACAAAGAUGAUCCUGAUUAUAAGGUGCUUGUGCGGGAGCUCAUGAACAAAGGUGCGACAGAGGAUGAGAUACAAACAAUGUUUGAUACAAUAAUAGAGGAGGAGAAUAUACAGAAAGAAAUUGUCUGGGAGGGAGAGCUGAUAAAAGAUGAUGAUUCCAGCUCCAGCUACUCGUUGGUUAUGAAAUCACUGGGACAGAACAAUCCAAAUACAUUAAAAUAUCAACGUGGCUUUAUUGCAAACACUAAUGUUACAGUGACAGGAAGUAAGGAAGUUUUAUCCAUUCUUGAAAAUGUUGUUAACGUUGUGGACCGGUACGAUCAAACAUUUCUCGUCGGAGGAGAUUUAACAAAAGCUGGUAUCGAGUUGUUGGGAGAAAAACUGGCUAAUAUGACAAUUGGAGAUGUGGAAGCAUUGUUAUAUAAAAAUAAGAUAGAUCCUCUCAGGAUAUUUCAAAUAACAAAUGAUUUCAUUGAUCUUGCAAGGGCAUUGUAUUCUGAAGUGAUAGAAAAAUUAAAUGACAGAGCUGUUGAGUAUGCAUUUAAAACAUUUGAGAUUACAUUAGCUGGCAGUAUUCCUUACCCACUAAAAUCUGUGAACUUCUACCAAAGUCCAGGUUUUGAUAUCCCAAUUGGAGGUAUCCUCUCUCUGUCAUUUGGUUUUGGAGCUGAUGGUUAUUAUGGCGUAAAGUUGGGCUGGGAAGGAAAACUGAUAGCAAGAACUGCAGCAGCUAUUGUUGAACCUUUUGGAGCUCUUACUGCCUAUGGUGAAGCAGGAAUAGGUAUUGGUCCCCUGAAGGCCAAGCUGAGACUAGAAGGAAGCAUAUUGAAUGUUGGAUUUCCUACACGGGCAGAACUACAUUUUUCAAAGUUUCCUCUUGUUGUAUCGUUGGCAAUGGAUCUUGACUUGGUACCUGUAAGACUACAGUUGUCAGCAAUAGUCACGCUUGAAGUAAAACUCUUGUUUAUUAGAUUCAAGGCAACUUUAUUCCGUGCAAAUCUCUGGCAGUACUCUGCACCACGAAUAAGGAAAAGAGUGAUUGACGUGUCCACUGAUGAAAAAGAUGAAACUCCGCCAGAAAUUACUCAACCUGUUGAUGAUCUAGAUGAUAUACAGCUUCCAAAAUGUGAAGUGUUCCAACAUAAAAAUCUGGAUUAUACUGAGCCAGUAUUUUCCAUCUCUGUGGAGGCUACUGAAGACAAAGGUCCUUUACGAUACUUUCUGGACAUCGGAACAGUUCCUGGAGCUAGUGAUAUUGUCAGUAACAAGGAGCUUGGAGGUCCAUCAACUGUCAUAGCUACUACAAUGGAUGAAUACCCAUCAGGGCAACCAUUGUAUUUCACAUUAUAUGUUGAAAAUACAAGUGGAGCAAGAAUUCAAACAACAUGUAUGUUACCAACAUACGACACAACGCCACCUACAGGGAGAAUUUAUGUCGAUUUUCUAUCAACAAGUAAUCCAGCUGUACUGAAAGCAUCCUUAAAAGUUCACGAUGAUUCUCCUAUAACUAGGGCAGUCGUUGCAGUUGGAUAUGCAAAAGGAAUUUACGGAGAUCAAAUAAAACAUUGGACAGAAAUUGAUCUAGAUGAACAUGACACUAGUGUUUUUGGCAAUGAUCCUUUGAGUCAUUUCACCGAACACCAAGAAGGAAAACUUGUCUCACCACCAAUAAAAGUCCAUGAGGAUAUUCAGACAAUUAAAGCUUGUGCUGAGUUAUGUUUAGAAUUAGACCAUUGUGUUAGUUUCAAUUACGACAUUGAAGCAAGUAGACAAUGUGAACUACUUCGUUCCAUCAGACAUUAUGAUGAAUCCCUAGUUUCAACCUCGAUGUUCUGUUACUUUGAGCGCAUUGGAAGUGGACUUUUCAAGGAACUUCAUUAUGAUAAUUUGAACAUGGCGCACAACGCUUUAAUCUUCGUCAAUCUGGACUUGACAAAUGUUCUUGGUUAUCGAACAGUGUUUGGAAGUGAUGGAAUUAUAGCAGAUUUCACCUGUCCAGAUCCAGGCUUCAUUUCAAAUGCAGUGAGUGACACGGUAGAGACUGUUGAUUGUCUAUCAUUGAUCCCAGCAGAUAGACAAGACUUGAUAAGAUUUUGUGUUGGUGUGAAUCCUGGUCAACCUAAUAAAAGGACCAUAAUUGAUGGAGAAGGGUCAAUGACAGUUUUCAAUGGUGACAAGCAAAUGACUGAUGUAUUGUAUACAAGAAGUAACAACUUCAUUGCAGGUAACUGGGAUGGUUUCCAUGACAACGAGACAGGUAUACGGGUGUACACAAUGUCUGUUGGAAGGGAAGUAUGUGAAGAUAUGAUACAUCCACACCAUGAUCCACACAAACAUUUGAUGCACGAGUCAGAAUGGACAUACAUGGCAGUAAUAACACCAACAGCUGAGUACAAUCCUUUCCCACUUCCUUCUGGGCUGUACUAUAUAAGUGUAAGUGCAUUAAACAAGGUAGAAUAUGGAGGACCUCUGUCACUCACUGUAUGUCACUCGACCCCCUAUGUCAUAGACACAACAAAACCUUUCAUUUAUGAGAUCUACAAUGUGAAAUAUGAUGAGGAACUUUACAAGCUGUCAGCAGAACAUAAUUCUAGUGACCCUGAAUCUGGUAUUGCAUAUUUUGAAAUUUGUCUUGGACACAAUCCUCGAAGUUGUGGUAUUCUCCCGUGGACAAAGUUUUCAGACCAGCCUUAUUUUGUACAUACUUUUCAAAUUCCUGACGGUGCUGCUGCAUGGCUCAGACUUAAAGUUACAAAUGGUGUUGACCUUCACAUUGUAAGUCAAGCUGAUAGACCAAUUGUUAUUGAUGCAAGUGCACCAUUGGCAGGAACUGUUUACGAUGGCCAGUUACUGCAAGAAGAUCUUCAAUUCACACGAUACUCAAAUAAGAUUUGUGCAAACUGGUUUGACUUUCACGACCCAGAAUCAGGUUUGUCUUCAUAUGAAGUAGGUGUUGGAACGGACCCACGUUGGACAGAUGUGGCUGAGCUGAAGAAACUUGAUCACCAAGUGCAGGAAUAUUGUUUUAAUCUACAAGAUGACACAUUACAACAUAACAAUGUCUACUAUUUUAUUGUCUGGGCAGUUAAUGCAGCUAGUAAUCAAAAGAAUGUAUCUGCAGUCUCUAAUGGAGUGCGUGUUGACUUGACACCACCAGAAGAGGGUACAGUAAUUGAUGGUGAUUUCGAGGACUUCCAGGAUUUACAAUACAGCUCUUCUAAAACUAAUAUACAGUUACAGUGGGAGAACUUCCAGGACGCUGAGUCAGGAAUACGCUCAUAUGAUGUACAGACAUUAAGAAAAAGUAAAGACAGCAAUGACUGGAGUAUUGUGACAAACUGGACCACAGUGCAAAAUACAACAACACAGUCAGAAUGGAAAAAUAAUGAUUUCGCUCACUCAGAUAUGGUGAAGUCAAAGCUACGUGUAACAAAUGGAGCUUUAAAUGAAGUUAUAAAAGAAACUGAUGGGUUUGUUGUAGAUUUAACUGCUCCAGUUGUAGAAUAUAUCAAUGAUGGUGAGGAAGCCGAACAAGACAUACAAUACCAGUUUGACACAACAGAGAUAGCUUUGAACUUCAAAUUCAGUGAUGCAGAGUCAGACAUAGCUCGUCUGAAAAUUCAAAUAUAUGAACAUCUUCAAAGUAGCUCAAGACAGUUUUACCCUGAGACUUCUGGAGAAUGGAUAGAGGUGCUUGAUGGAAACAGUUCUAUAUUCAAACAGAUGGGACUACAGUUGACAUCGGGGCGCAAGUAUACAGGUCGCGUCCAUUCUGUCAAUGGUGCUGGACUUGUUUCAACACAUGAAUCAAAUGGUGUAACUAUUGACAAUACACAACCUCAGAUUAAAUGGUUGAGUGUUGGCAUUCUGAGUGGUGAGGAGGAGACAGUAGAUGGCUAUGUAUUGCAAUCAGAUCAUGAUGGUAUAAAAGCAACAUGGCGUGCAAGUGAUCCUCAAUCUGGUGUUACUAUAGUUACAUAUGCUGUCGGGACAUAUGAAGGUGGGACUAACAUUUUGGACUGGACAACUCAUGAUGAUUCUACAAGUAGUACCUAUAUACAAUGUGUUCUUGAGGAUUCUGACUUGCUUCCACAGUUUCCUGUAUACUAUUAUGUUUCCAUCAGAGUGAAAAAUGGUGCGGGAGAUUGGAGUGAUAUAAAAACAUCGUCACCUAUCAAAGUUGUACCAGAAGAUGUUGCUGGUAUUGUACAUGAUGGAAUUUCUUCCAACAUCGGUGACAUAGAUUAUCAAACAGAUGUCCAUACUGUUGCUAUGCAUUUUACGGCAUUUGAGAGCAAACUUCAUGGCAUAUCGUCUUACGAUUGGGCUGUUGGUACAACACCUGGUGACGAAGAUAUACAGCCCUAUAUAGAAAGAGGAAUCUAUCACUUUGAUGAAUUGGAUCAUUUUGAACAUGUUAUAGCAAGUUCUGGGUUUGCACACAUCCCAUUAGAUCUAGAUCCUGGACAGACAUAUUACACAACACUGAGAGCAAAAACCAAUGCAGGAAAUAUAAUGCAAGCCACUUCAAAUGGUUUUAUGGUAGAUACAACUCCACCAUUUGUUAGAUUUAACAGUUUAUCUAACACACCAGUAGAUAACAGUACAGAUGUUAUAUACCAGAAGGGUGAUUCUGUAAUUGAUGUUAGUUGGCAAUAUUGGGAUGAUGAAGUUUUAUCAGGUGAUAUUGAAGAGAACAUGGAGUCUACAUGGUUUGCUGUUGAUUCCCCAUUUACUGCAGACAUGAAGGAUUACACAUACACGGAAAUAUCAACAAGCUUAGAAAGCAAUACUGCUGUUUCACCAGUUGGUGCAGGUAAAUCAAACAUUGUAAGUGUUGGAGCCAGAAACAAGGCUGGGUUGGCAUCAAUGACAAGAUCUCCUCCGAUUGUUCUGGAUGAAACAGCCCCUGAAGCUGGAACUGUUUCUUGUCCAAACUAUGUUCAGAGUCGUGCAGCUAUAGAGUGUACUUGGACUGGCUUUGUUGAUAAAGAAAGUGUUAUUACAAAAUAUACUGUUUCAUUUGGAACAAAAGAAGGAUUUGAUGAUCUUAUGAAAAUAGAAUUUGAUGGUCAGACUAAAAGAAUUUUUGCUGAAGGUAUAGAAAAGGAUCACGCUGAUGUUAUUUAUGCCACGGUGACAGCAGAAAAUGCUAUUGGACUAUCUGUAAGUGGUUAUUCUCAGGUAAUUGUUGUAGAUGACACGCCUCCAACUCCAGGUAUUGUAGUAGACUUGCCAAGUAUUUCACAGAUAGACCCUUAUGAUGCUGACAGAACGGUCAAAAUGACAAGAAAGGCUUGCUCUACUGUUGAAGAAUGUUUAGAGAUAGAUGCUACAUGUACAGAGGCUUUGACUUACUUUGGUGUUGCAUGGACAGGAUUUGAUGAUCCAGAGUCACAAAUAUUAGAAUACCAGCUAGCUAUAGGGACAUCCCCAGGUGGCUCCCAGAUUGCUCCUUUCUUUUCUGUUUCACCUGAGCACAAUCAUUACUUUAUUACAAACAUUGAUGUUAAAGGGCAGCGUAGGUUGUUUGCAACUGUUCGGGCAAUAAAUGUAGCGCAGUUAACAACAGAGGUACAUUCAGAUGGUGUAUAUCUGUCAUACAUGAGUCAAGGUCUCCCGCCCCUGCAACGUGUUGGUGUAUUUGAUUAUGCCCAGUAUGCUUUUGGUGAUAUACAAUUUCAAACAGACACAACAUCAAUUGAGGCAAAAUGGGAUACAACAGGGGACCCGUGCCCUGUAACAAAAUAUGAAUGGUCAAUUGAAAUGACCAAUGGAACUGUCAUACAAGAAUAUGUUGAUAUGUAUACAUCAACGCAUGGUAUAAGUGACAAGCUCUCAUUGAUAGAAGGUAGAAGAUAUUACAGUCUUGUACAGGUACAUAAUAUGAUGAAUUAUGUUUAUACAUUGCGCUCGGAUGGAGUUACAAUUGAUUCUAAUCCAAUGCUACCAGGAAUUGUUUACGAUGGUGAUUUGACAGGUUAUGAUCUGAAGGUGCUGCCCUCUAGAACAAAUGUUUCAGCUAACUGGGAUGGUUUCGGGCAUGAUCGUGACCAGACCAGUGUAGAAAAUGCUGGAAAAGGUAUUGACCUCCAACCUGAACGCGAAAGAGACCCAAAUCAAGAGAUUGCCUAUUAUAUGGUGGCUUUAGGAACAGACAGACGUUUUCCAAAUACAUGGGAUAAUAUUGUACCUUUCACAAAUGUUGGCCUUAACACAUCAGUCACAUUCAAAGACCUUGACCUAGAACCUGGUUAUGCCAUUUAUUAUUUCACUGUUAGAGCAUAUAGUGCAUCAUAUGCAUGGACAUCUACUACAUCAAAUGGAUUUUACGUCAGUUUUGAUGGCGGAGUUACAGCUGGCCACAUUGACAUGCCCGAUUUUAUCAGCAGUAACACUCACCUGGAGGUGUCAUGGAAUGGUUUCACCUCGAAGGUUGAAAUGUUUAUAUACUAUUUUGCAAUGUCUGAUAAGAUGAUUGCUAGUCCUGAUGACUGCAGAUCAUAUGUUGAUGGUGGAAAAGCAACAGAUGAAGAAAAAUCUGAAAAAUUCAACAUUUAUCCGGUCACCAGUGCUGGGAUUAGUACUUACCUCAAUAUGGAAAUAUCUCUAGAACACAAUAGCUCAUACUACAUAUGGAUCAUGGGCAUUGACAAGUCUGGAGAAUGCAGUAUGACUUAUCAUAGAUUUACUGUGGACACAACACCACCAGUUGCAGGAAGAAUAACUGCUGGGCCUUACUUUGAUAUGAAACUUGCAUACACAAGAUCAUUCACUUCACUGCCUGUCAGAUGGGAUGGAUUUGAUGAUAAUGAAUCAGGCAUUCAGAUGUUUAAUCUUACACUUUGGGAGAAAGGGAAUUGUCAAACAAGUGGAGCCACUGUGAUACCCAUUGAGAAUGUACAACUACCUGGUGGUUACAGUAAAUAUACAUUUGUUGGUCUUGAGUUGAAGGAGGAUACCAUUUAUGAAGUUAAUAUAACAGCCAUUAAUGAGGCUGGUCUAACCAGCUUUGCACAGACUUCGCCAGUGUUAUUUGAUGAUUCAGUACCUACAGCAGGUCAUGUGAUCGAGGGUUCUGAGUUUACUGAUGAUGUUGUAUGGUGGGGUAGUACAGAUCAUAUGAAUGGUUCUUUGUUGCACUUCCCAAUUGCUGUAAAUGAUCCAUGUCCCCAACAAGAGAUACACAUGACUGAUGAGAUUUGGAGAAAACUACAGCUAGACGGGAUAAAUGAUGCAGGGGGUUUGAAGUGGAAUAUACAUCACAGACCCAAAAAUGUGUAUAUGAACAAUGUUCGCAAUACUUGUACUCUAAAGAUAGCCAGGGAUUCUAAGGCUGAACAGAUUUAUUCAGCUGUGGUGAUGCGACCAGCUGAUCUGAAAAAUGGAGGCAUUUAUAAGCUGGAUGUGAAAGCAGCAAGUGGAGGUGGAAAAGCUGUUACAGGUAUUACAUUCCUAGAUGGUGAUGAAACAGAUUUAUAUAUCUACAACCAUCAGCAGACAGACUGGGAAGAAGACUCCUGUGUUUGCUGUCUUGAACCAGACACGGUCAGCUGUAAUUGUGAUUGUGAUGAAUACCUGAAUAAUCAAGACUUUAAUGUCACAAUACAAGACAAUAAUAAUGAUGGGAACAGUGUACCAUACAAUACAGCAAACACAAAUAAUGCUUUGAGAUCAGCCUGUGGACUUCAGAUCUAUUCAGGACAAAGUCCAUACAUAGUUACAUGGUGCCAUUUCAAUAACACACAAGAACCAAUGUCUGUAACAUCAGAGUUAGAUGUUGAUCCAUCUACAGAGUUUCAUAAUGUUAUGAUCGAGUUCUUUCAGAGGAAAGAAGAUAUAACAUUCACAAGCUGUAUCCGAGUCUUUGUCGACGGUCAACAAAUGUCUGAAAUGGCUGGUAUACCUGAAUUAAGUCCAUCAACCAAUCUAUUUCUCCAUGUCUGGAAUAAAAACAAUAUUUUACCGACACUGGAUGUGUUUAACCUCUGGGCAGCAAGAGCAGUUUUCAAGCAGUUAAUAUUCCCACCAGGAGUGGAAGCAAUGUGCAGAUAUGGUGACCCGUUCCAAGGUGGUACUAAUGCUAUUGUACGAUAUGAGGCUGCCAUUGGGACAUCUAAGGAUACUACAGAUAUUGCUGACUUCCAAGAAGUAAGUGAGCCAUGUAUACCUUGUGUGAAGGACUGCCUUAAAGUGUACUGUGACCAGAACUGUGAUACUGAGAGUUAUUCAACCAUAACAUUUUCCAUGACCAAUAUUAACAUCAACCAGUCCUUCAAUGGUUCAUUUUAUUUGAUUGUGAAAGCUGUUUUAGCAUCAGGUGCUGAGGCAUUAUCAGCAUCAAAUGGGUUCUAUAUAGACUUGACCCCUCCAGUAUUUGAAGCCGAUGUAUUCCUGUAUUUUGAUGUUCUCCAAGGUGAAUUUGUGCCAACCAAUUACCAGGGCUCUAAUGACACAAUUAAAGCAAUUUGGCUAUGUACAGAUGACAAGAGUGAGAUUAAAGAAUAUAGCUGGGCAAUUGGUAGUAGUGUUGGUGGGGAAGAUAUUCAAAAUUUCACAUCAACAGGAACACUACCUUCAUCUCAGAACUCAAAUCUAACUGGUAUACUCAUGGACAAUGCUACCUACUAUGUUAGUAUAAGAUGUACAAAUGAAGCUGGCUUAUCAACUGUAUGGCAGGAUGAAGUUGGAGUUACAGUAUUGCUGGAAGAACCGGAUGUAGAUAGUGUAGAGACAGUGGCAGUAGGCGCGGUGAACUUUGACACAAAUGUCUACCCAUCCAAUGCUUUAAAGGCACCAGAUACCACAGCCUGUGGAUUAUCAUGGGAAGAGAGCACUGAUCCUAAUGUGGACAGAUAUGACUUAUGUAUUGGAAGCUCAACAGAAAAAUUUGAUGACAUUGUUCCUUGUAUGCUGGUAGGUCAUAACUCAUCAGGAAAAGCUGAAAUAAAACAAGGAUAUCUGUAUGUUGAUGACAUACCUUAUUAUAAAGUCUCGGAGCUCAGAGCCUUAAGUGCAGGCAUUUAUGAUGUCAGUGAAAUGAGUAAUGACUCGGAAAAUACAUUCAAAAUGGAGCAUGGUAGAACACUGUUUCUCACCAUGAGAUUAUGUAAUAAAGCUCAUAUUUGUAGUUACAAGCUUGUCAACUCAAUACUCUUCAAGGGGGAGAAGGCCAAACUGCUGACGUCAUCAUCGGGUGAAGCUGUUAAAUACAACAUUGUGCCAUCUUCUAGCACAAGAAGGAAAAGAGAUGUGACUGUUCCUGAAAUUGUGUUAGAUCUUCCUGAAGGUAUGAUCCCUGGACAAAGUGUAUUAGUCACAGAACUCUCAGAUGAAGAUUUGUACACUCACUAUGGUUCCUCUGCUUCAUCAUCAUUUGUACCAUAUACUGUAGACCCAUCUGCAACUUUCAAUAUGACAGAACGAAUCUUAUUUGAGCGAAUAGAGUCAUUCCUACUAUUAAUCGCACUAAGUCCUGUUGGACAAGAGCCGCUGCCUGGAGUUAUGAAGAUGACGUUCCCACAUACAAUAGAUUCUGGCAAUUCUUCAUUUAUGACAAAUAUUGUCCAUUGGAAUCCAGGGUGA